AUCUUUAUUUUUUAUUUUGGUUCUCAAUCGAGAAGCACCUUCCCGUGUCUUUAUGAGACAAAAACCCUUUUUAUGGACAACUUGAGGUCCUGUUAAACCGUUUGAAUUACCUCUUUGUGAUCAUCAGUCCGCGUCAUUCAAUCAAUGUCGUUGUAAAUAAAUAAAAAACCAAAGAUAUGAGUAGUGAAAAGCUUAAAGUGACACAACGUCUCUCCGAUGACCUGGAAAACUGGAUGCAAAAUCUCAAUGCGGAGGUGAAACGAUGUAUUCCGUUGAUAAAUCUGGCGAUUCCCGGGAGUCACGAUUCCAUGAGCUACGGAAUUAAUCGCAAAUCCAAACCAGCGCCCGAUGCCGAAAAGUCCAUGGUGUACGUUUACAAGUUUUUCCUGCCCUGUGUCGUUCGUAGAUGGGCCCGCACCCAAAAACUUUGCACAACGGAACAAUUAAAGUCAGGAAUUCGUUUUCUUGACUUGCGCGUGUCCAAAAAAGGCAGUGAAUACUACUUCGUUCACGGGCUGUAUUGCGAGGAGGUCGAAACGCCGCUCGAGGAAAUGCGAAAUUUCCUAGAUGAUCAUCCCGAUGAGUUCAUAAUUCUCGAUUGUCAGCACUUUUAUGACUUUACCCCAGAGGAUCAUUUGCGUUUCAUGCAAAUCCUGGAGAAAACGUUCGGCACUCGAAUUUACGAGCGAAAAGGAACACUGCUCGAGUUGACAUUGGAUCACGCGGUGACGCAACGCAAACAAGUACUUAUCGUGUAUCGAGAAAUGCGCCAUGUUUCAGGAAAAUUUUGGUAUUCCGCUGAUUGGCCGACACCUUGGCCCAAUACAGUGAAUUUUGAGAAGCUGGUGAAUUUCCUCGAUGACACGCUGGAACAACGGGCUCCCACAACCGGAUUUACCUCGCAAAUUGUCUUGACACCGGAUGCGAAAUAUAUCGUGCCGCGCUUCUUGUUUUCCCUAAAAAGUCGUCUUGCAAAACCGUUAUUGAAGAAAAUUAAGCAUUGGCUGCAGGAACAGCAACCAGGACCGUUCAUUGAAGGCGAAAAACCAACAUGCAACGUCUUCUUAGCCGACUUUGUGGAUAUCAAAAACAGCGAUUUUUGCAAAAUUGUCGUGGACUUGAACGAGAAAAUCGAUUUGAAUUCCGAAAUUGAUAUUAUCGAUUGCUGGCAAAUCACGGAUCACUUUGAGGCACCACCGCCAGAAAUGGACAUGACUUUCGAAUAAUAUUCUAAACUCUAAUUUGUGAGCUUUAACAAUCAUCAUAACGUAACAUGACGACUGCGGUGUAGUUUUCUGCAAUGCAAUUUUUAAUCGUUCAUCUGUGGUUUUUCAUCACACGAAACACACACAAAUAUUUAAGCCUAAAAUACGGGAUUUGAGUGACUAAAAGUAUUAAUUGUGGUUUUUCAAAUGUUUUGUACUCUUAACAAGACUUUUUCUAUAUUCAAACAAAGUUUGAACGUUUUAUUUACACAUUCCAACACGUAUGGAACUAAAUAUUAUCAAAAAUAUAUGCUUUAAAAGGAAUUUUUAGAAUGGUUUUAUUCACACGCAACUUUCUUUUCGUCUGUCAUUCCUGACAAA